AUGCCAUCCGCCGACCUCCCCGCCCUCCUCGCCCACGAAGAAUCCCUGAUCGACUUGCGCGACGAAUUGCGCUACACUCUCUGGCAGCUCCAGCAGCUCCAGCCAGCAAACAACGCCGUGACUUUGGCGUUGUGGACUUUGGUGCGAGUGAGAUUGAAUGAGGUUGAGGGGAUGCUUGUUGUGACUGCUGGCGCUGUUGAUGCUGCUAUGUUGUUGUGA